AUGAAUGGGAUUAUUGAUACGGCGGAGGAUGCCAAGUUGCUGAGAGAAAGAGGGAUUAUAGUGAACCGAUUGAAGAAUGAUGAAGAGGUGGCCAACCUGUGGAAUGGAAUGAGUAAAUCUGUAAAAUUGACAAAAGUGCCAUUCUUGGACAAAGUGAUCCAAGAUGUGAACAAGUAUCAUGACAGUAGAUGGAAGGUUAAAGCUGGGAAACUCAUAAAGGCGUAUGUUUUUAGGUCAUGGCAGUUUCUCUCAUUGCUUGCUGCUAUUCUCCUACUGUUAUUGGUGACUAUCCAAACGUUUUGCUCGGUUUAUAAUUGUUCUCGAAUCAUUCAUGUCCCAAAUCUUCAGUGA